GGCAGCGGACGCGACGCUGGAAGGCUGGGAGGAAGUCUGGGCGGACACCUUCGACGCCGACGAGCCGUGGUGCCGGGCGCCCAGCGCGGCCGAGUGGCUAGAGCAGGCAGUCCCGAGGACCACACCGAAGGACAUCAUCGAGGCGUGCCGGCGGUUCCGCCCAGACACAGGCCUUACAGAUGCAGACUGGCACCCGCGUUUGUGGAGGCAUGGCGGGUAUCGAAGUGUUGCGCGCGUUGCAAGCGUGCUGAACGCGGUGGAGCGAGUUGCGCCGUGGCCCACAGCGCCGGCCACCAUCCUUUUCAAUCUGAUGCGUAUGGCCGCUGUGGGUUUCCGUAACAUGGUUCCCAUCCCAGAGUUGUCGCGCGUGUGGGUGACCAUCCGCGUCCUCUACGCCAAGCGCGUGGAGGCGGCCAACACGAGAGCCUACAACUGGGCCGCGCGCGCCGACGGCCACAAACACGCGGUGAUCUACUUCGACUUGUUCAAGUGCUUCGAGUGGGUCACACAGCGAAAGGUCUGGGAGUCGGCCAUGCGCCGGGGUUUUAAGCCAAUCAUCAUGCGCGUCGUCCUCAGAGUCUACAGCAUGGUGAGACGCAUCUUCCUGGACGGGUGCUACACCGAGGGCAGAGCCUGGAAACGCGGCAUCGUGGCCGGCAGCAGGUACGCGCCGUUCUGCCACAAGAUGGUGACCAUCGUGGAGCUGGACGAGCUAGUGAACCACUUCCCGUGGGUGGACACAUGCUUGUUUUUCGACGACCUCGCCAUGGCCACGCACGGCAUUCGCGAGUUCGUCGAGCACUCCCACCCACUACUCAUUGCGGCCGUGAUCUACAUGUUCGAGGCGAAGCUGGACAUGGCCGUCUCAAAAGGCGCGUUGGGGAAGACGUUCGCCCGGACCUCCAGUACCGUGCUCGGGAAGCACAUCAACGUGAUCACCAGGCGCCUCGGGUCGUCAAGCACGGGAAGCACCUUGGUGCCCGCGCUCCUCCACGGCUCGUCCACCGUCGGCAUGGCGGACUCCAACCUCAACGAGUUGGGGAAGAGAGUGGCGACGGCGAUGGAGGGCAACGCCAAAGGCAGGUCGACUGCCCUCGCGCCGCUCAGCGACGGGGUCGACCCAGGCCACCUGGCCAACAGCAGCCCCAGCUUGGCUGGGGCGACGGCGUGGCAGGAGGCGUUCGAGGACAUGCAGCUGUCUUAUAUAAACUCCACAUCGCGUGCGCACUCGGUGACGAUCGACGGCAUGGCACGCGACCUGCGCUGCACCAGUUUGCAGGGGGGACAGCACCACGUCGUGACCACCACCGAGAAGCAGCUGAAGAACGAGAGGGUAGAGCAGCGCGGCCACCAGUACUGCAUCAACGCCAUCUUCCUGGAGCGCGGUUUCAUGUCAAAGGGGCGGCACCACCAGAUAUUUGUGGAGCUUGCGGGCGAGCGCGUGGCACCGCUCGACAUCGCACCUGCGCGUGCCCAGCCGGUCAGCAUCAUCGAGAUCUUGUUGGAGGCGUGCGCAUUCAACAAGGAGGAGCAAACCCAUGGCCUGGCCCAGGUACUGAAGGACUACGAGGGAGAGGUAUCACAGCAGACCCCGUUGUCGAGCUCGGCCUCUGAGACUUGGCGUCGUUCGACGAUUGGCUCGCCGAGGCAAUUGGGGCGGCCUGGCGACGGGGGACAUCUACGUGGCAGCUCGCUGCAGCUCGGCGAUCGCGCUCCGCUUCCAUGGGGGGCUGGUGCACCGCUAGGCUGGAGGACGACAGCGACGAGUUCAAGAUGGACCACGCGUGCUACUGAC